AUGGGCGGCGGCGAUCGAUGCAGGGCGAUGAUGGAGGUGAUGAGGACGGAGAAUGGUCGGUGGUCGGUAUCCAAAGUUAUUCUACAACACACUCAUCCAAUCUCAUCCCAGGAUCCCUCAAGCAGUGAAAUUUUGCCGAAGGUUGGAAUGAAUUUUGAGUCGAUUUCUAUGGCCAAGGCUUUCUACAUUGCUUACAGUGAGAGGAUGGGGUUCAAGGCGAAGACUGGAUCAGGGAGGAGAUCGAAGGGAACACGAAUGUUGAUAAUGCAGAGGUUCUUCUGUUCUAAAGGGAACUAUCUUGUUAACAGUAAUGUUGGUGAUGAUAUGGGGGUUAAGAGGAAGAGAGGUUCAUAUAAGAAGAAGGUUUCAAACAAAGAUGGCGAAAAUGCAGAGGUGGUUCAGGUUGAGAGUUCGGUCAAGAGGACAAGUGAUUUGGCGAGUGAGGAUCAAGAGAAAGAUCGAUGUCUGAGGGAGAAGGAGAAGGUUGUUGAGAGAGCUUGGGAUAAGAGUUUCAAAGUAUACCCAUGA